CGGAAAUGCUGGGUCGGGCUAAUUUGACCCGCCCAACCACCGGCCGCACCCGCCUUUCCAGUGCUGUACUCCGGACAUAGGGCAAGUGAACGCAAGAAAAACGGCGCUAGACGAGAAACGGAAAGGAAAGGAAAGGAGAAUGAAGGCGUUAGGAUGGUGGUUGAUGCUGGUGGGCUUGCUUCGAUUGGCCUCGGUUUGGUUCGGUUUCUUCGACAUUUGGGCUCUUCGUCUCGCCGUCUUCUCCAAAUCUGCAAUGACUGAGGUUCAUGGAAGGACAUUUGGAGUUUGGACACUUUUGACUUGCACUCUUUGCUUUCUUUGUGCAUUUAACCUGGAAAACAGGCCCCUCUAUUUGGCUACAUUUUUAUCGUUCAUCUAUGCUCUUGGUCAUUUCUUGACUGAAUAUCUAAUAUAUCAUUCAAUGGCCAUUGGGAAUUUGACAACAGUUGGCAUCUUUGCAGGCACAUCAAUAAUAUGGAUGCUGUUAGAGUGGAAUGCGGAUAAGCAGGUCAAUCUCAAGAAUCACUGAAUAUGGAAUGAGACAUUGUCCAUUUUUCUGUUUACCAUUGAUGCAGAGUGGCAUCUUUGUUUCUCAUUCCUGUUUUCUCAUAUCCUUCAUCCGUUCAAAGAUUUGUGGUCAUAAGAGGGUAAUUGAGUUUCCAGUUCAAGCUUCUGUAAGAUAUCUGCUUUAAGAUUCCAGUUUACUUGAUCUAACCUCAGUAAUCAGAUGUCUCUUUGUCAGAACUUGAGCAAUCCUCUGGUUUUUUGCUCUUGGAGGACUCUUUUAGCCAUAUACUGAGCAUUUUGUAUUGUGAUUUGUGCUAGCUGUUGUAAUUAGAAACAUUUUUUGGCUCCAAAGCUGUGAAUUAUGCCUGCAAGUUGUUCUAACCUGGAGAUUUUCAAGCUAUUUGCACAUAUAGGCAGACAGGCUGAUGGUAUUCUACCUUGUGUAUGUAAUAACGAAAUAAAAUCAGAUGGUAAAAAAUUGAAUGUCAAAUAAUUUCAUCA